AUGCGCUCAGGAAGCAUCAGAAAUGUGCUCGAGUGGGUCAUAGCGGCCUCGCUUCUCGCAAGCACCGUCCAAGCGUUCAGAAUCCCAAUAGCAGACACGGACUCGGUCCGGGAGGUCUGCUCUGGAAUGUAUGGCGGCGGUGAGGCGCAUAUAGAAGUCACCUUCUAUCCCGAAUCAACAGGUCAAGUAGCGCUGGUCAUAUAUGAAUGGGGAGACGUCCCGUACCUCGGUGUGGACACGCCAGAACAUACAGUGGGUGGAGUCGAGAGGCCUAAAACAUACAUUUGUACAAGCUCAGCAGUCCGCACGAACCUCUGCACAGCCGGCCAGCUCGGGCAAUUCAUAACCACCUAUCCAGAGGGAUACGACGCGUCCUCAUCCUCCAUAUAUACCUCGGCACUCCAGUUCUCUUCAUCUUCGGGAGGGGGAUCUUCGCCGCCCGCCCAGUCCCCGCCGAUCCAGGAUGAGGAUGAGCCCGAAGAGCUUACGCCCAGCGAACAGGACGAAGCGGCGGCUUUGGCAGCUAUGGCGAGUCUCGCGGGAACUAGCGAUGGCGAUAUUGACGAGCGAACCGUCGACUUGGAUCUGGGCUUGGAGAGACGGUACAAGAAUGCCUCGGACCCAGAGGGAAACCCGGUGUCUAGUGCGGGAUCAGCAGGUCCGCAGACUUACGAUGGGCCGGUGAGGUAUCAAGUCGCCAAGACGGGGUACUACUGUGUUGGUAUCGUACCCGUCACGCUGGUCAACUCUCGCUCAGUCUCGGCUCGCCAAGCGACCCAUGCCGAGUACGCCGGGGAGGUAUUGUUCCGGAACACGUUCGAGGGGGAGCUCCCCGCCGUCGAGUACCCCAAAAUCAACCUCUACCUCGGCCUGAGCGUCAUCUACCUCGCCCUCGGCCUAGGCUGGGGUUUCCUCUGCUUCAAGCACUUCCGGGAACUCUUACCCAUGCAAUACUACAUCUCCGGAACGAUCGCCUUCCUCAUCAUCGAGAUGCUCGCCCAGUACGCCUACUACCGCUACAUCAACAAACACGGGGGCGGGACGACCUCCAUCGUUUUCCUUUUUGUGAUUGCGAUCCUGAAUGCGGCGCGUAAUAGCCUGAGCUUCUUUUUGCUGUUGAUCGUGUCGAUGGGGCUGAGCGUGGUGACGCAGAGUUUGGGGGGUGUGAUGACGCGGGUGAGGGUAUUGACGGGGUUUCAUUUUGUGUUUGGGGUCAUGUAUGCGGUAGGAACGGUUCAAGUCGCCCUGGACAGCGCCAACCUCUUCCUCGUCCUCCUCCUCAUCUUCCCCCUCUCCUUCUCCCUAACUUUAUUCCUCAUGUGGAUAAUCAUCUCCCUCAACGCCACCAUCCUCCACCUCUCGCAACGUCGCCAAAAACAAAAACUCCUCAUGUUUCAAAACCUAUGGCGCAUCCUCGUCGUCUCGGUCAUUGCCGUCCUCGCGUUUUUUGUGGUGAGCUCCAUGAGUCUGAGCAGCAGGCUGGACGAGGAUUAUGCGCCGCGGAAUUGGAGGUGGCGGUGGGUGUUGCUCGAUGGGAGUUUGGCGGGGAUUUAUUUGGGGGCGUUUGCGGCUGUGGCGUGGUUAUGGCGGCCUACCCGCGACAAUGUCCGCUUCGCAAUGUCCCAAGAACUCGCACAGGACGAGAACGAGGCCGAUGCGGAAGAUUACGAGAUUGAUUCGUUGGAGCGAGGAACACAUCAGCGUCUGGGUACGGGGGACGAUAUUGACGAUGGUGAUGAUGAUGGGGAGGAAGGGGGGAGGAAGGGACAGUCAGGCGUAGGAAGCGUAAGGGAGGAGAAUGUAGUAUUCCAGAUGGGGGAAGAUAGUGAUGAUGAGUCGGAGGCCGGUGGAGAAGGGGGGAGAAAGAGGGGAGGAGGGUAUGCGGAUGAGCCGGGGGCAGGGGCGGGAGAGGGAGCAGGGCGGAGGAGGAGUGGGAGUGGGAGUGGGGGGAGCUUAGAUGGGGAGAGGGAGAGACUGAGAAGCUGA